GGAGGACGCAGGGAAGAGAGAGAGAGGCAUGUACAGAACACACAACUUAAGAACUCUCACAGUGAGUCUAACUCACUGUUGAAACCAAAAUCUAUUGACGGUCGGGAACCGUAGGGAUUAAGGAGUCCCUCAAACCCCAAAACUCCCCUUUAUGCCUCUUUUAUGAUCUCUAGCUCCUGCCGCCACUUUCUCUCUUUUAUCUGUCUCAAUUUUUCAUCUCUCUCUCUCUUGGCCAGAGAGAGAAUCUGAUUGCGCUUAACGAGGGAUGGCGACCCAGGCAGAAGAAUCUACCCCCACUCCUCAGGUGGUGGGGAAUGCAUUUGUGGAGCAGUACUAUAAUAUACUGUCCAAGUCUCCAGAGGUGGUUCACAAAUUUUACCAAAAUUCUAGUGUGAUUAGCCGGCCAGAUUUUGAUGGUCUCAUGUCAUCUGCAUCAACUUUAGAUGGCAUUGACAAGAUGAUCCUUUCCCUUGACUAUAAGGAUUGUGUGGUUGAAAUAUUGACCACUGAUGCUCAAGAGUCUUUUGGAGAUGGGGUGAUUGUUUUGGUGACUGGCUUUUUUACUGGGAAGGAGAAUAUAAGACGGAAGUUUACACAAGUAUUCUUCCUAGCCCCACAGGACAGUCGGGCCUAUUUUGUUCUGAAUGAUGUUUUUAGGUAUGUGGAUGAAGAAGCAGCGGUGCCCAUUAAAAUUAAUGAUGCUGAUGAAGCUGCUCCUGUCACACCAGAUCCUGAGCCAACUCUUGUUUCCAAUCACACUUCGGUGGAUCCUGCAGCUCCUUCUUUGGAGGAGGAUACUGUUCAAGCUGAGGAAACUAGUCAUCCAUUAGACAAUGGAAAGAUUUCUACUCCUGAUGAAGUUGUUUCUAGUCCAUCAGUUGGUACACAGCAGAAUGAUGUUCCUCCGGUUUCAUCCAAUACAGUCCAAACUGAUGCUUCCUCAGUUCCCAAGGCAAUUGUUUCUGAUGUCCAGGAGGAUCUUCCUAAAAAGUCAUAUGCAUCAGUAGCAAAUGCAUUGAAUUAUAAGAAGCAACCAUUCCAACAGAGGAUUUUACCUGCCAAGCCUGUUGAACAAUCACGUGCAAUUGUUGUGCCUGAAGCAUCCCCACGCCCAGCAAAUAACAAACCUGUGGAAAAGAACAACACUACUAACCCAGCUGCAGUUAAGGGUUACUCCAUUUUCGUUGCCAAUUUGCCAAUGAAUGCAACUGUUGAACAGCUUGUAGAGACUUUUGAGAAAUUUGGACCUAUUAAACCUAAUGGUGUUCAAGUCAGAAGUUAUAAGCAAGAGAAGAAUUGUUUUGGCUUUGUGGAAUUUGAAUCUGCAAAUUCUAUGCAGAGUGCCCUUGAGAUUUCUUCUAUCAAGAUUGGUGACAGACUGGCUCACAUUGAGGAAAAGAAAGCCAAUAAUGAAGGUGGGAAAUUCCCAAGUAGAAAGGUUGGUUUCCGAAAUGACAGCUUUAGGAGUCGAGGUAACUUUGGCGGAGGACGUGGCUAUGGGAGGAACGAGUUUGACAAUCAGGGAGGAUCAUCUGGUGGUCAGUCCCGUGGUAGUGGUAGUGGUAGUGGUAGUGGUAGACGCAAUGGGGAAGCUAACCAGAAAGUUUAUCAGAAUGGGGGAGGAAGAGUUGCCCGAGAUGUUCAAGUUCAAGCUCAGUCAUCAGGUGGAAAGAACUAGUUUGCUGCUUUCUGCUUGAAUUUUGUUUAAUUAAAUUUUUUGGUCGAAUAUUCAAAUAGAGAAUUAUUUAGGCAAUGAAUGAGAUUGCGGAUUUCUUAGAGAAAAAAGAAAGAUUGCGGAUUUUAUUUUUCUCCUUUAACACAAUUGAUAGAGUUAUUUUAAGCAUUUUUGCAAUCUGCUUAAAUGCAGAACAUUUUUUGUUAGAAAGAUAAUGUUUCUUCUUCUUU